AUGCCCAACAGCAGCUCUGUGAGUGAGUUCCUCCUGCUGGCAUUCACAGACAGGCAGGAGCUGCAGCUCCUGCACUUCGCGCUCUUCCUGGGCAUCUACCUGGCUGCCCUCCUGGGCAACGGCCUCAUCCUCGCCGUCAUAGCCUGCGACAACCGCCUCCACACCCCCAUGUACUUCUUCCUCCUCAACCUUGCACUCCUCGACCUGGGAUGCAUCUCCACCACUCUCCCCAAAGCCAUGGCCAAUUCCCUCUGGGACACUACGGCCAUCUCCUAUCAAGGAUGUGCUGCACAGGUCUUUAUAUUUAUCUUCUUGAUUACAGCAGAAUUUUAUGUUCUCACCAUCAUGGCCUACGACCGCUACGUUGCCAUCUGCAAGCCCCUGCACUACGGGAGCCUCCUGGGCAGCAGAGCUUGUGCCCAGAUGGCAGCAGCUGCCUGGGGCACUGGCUUUUUCAAUGCUGUCCUGCACACGGCCAAUACAUUUUCCCUGCCCCUCUGCCAAGGUAAUGUCCUUGAACAGUUCUUCUGUGAAAUCCCCCAGAUCCUCAAGCUCUCCUGCUCAGAUGCCUACCUCAAGGAAGUAGGGGCACUUGUCUUUACCAUUUUUUUGGCCUUUGGUUGUUUUGUUUUCGUUGUGGUGUCCUAUGUGCAGAUCUUCUCGGCCGUGCUGAGGAUGCCCUCUGAGCAGGGCCGGCACAAAGCCUUUUCCACGUGCCUUCCUCACCUAGCCGUAGUCUCCCUCUUUCUCAGCACUGCUGUGUUUGCAUACCUGAAACCCCCCUUCAUCUCUUACCCAGCCCUGAACAUGGUGGUGGCAGUUCUGUACUCGGUUGUACCUCCAACACUGAACCCCCUCAUCUACAGCAUGAGGAGCAAGGAAGUCAAGGAUGCCUUGCUUAAACUUAUGACUAGGUGUGUUUAA